AUGGACUGUAUAAAUGCGCAGGAAAUACUUCAGAAAGCAGUCAUAUUUCAUUUUCUAAUGCAUACUGACAGAAUGAUAUCGUUUGUGGAAAUAUUCAUACUUCUCUUGUUAGUAAAUUUAUCCAAGACAACGGACAAGUUACCCGUAUUACAUAGCAGAAUAGUUGGUGGUGAUUUGGCGGAAAUUGAAAAUGUUCCUUAUAUAGUAUCACUUCAAGUCAAUAAGCGACACAUGUGUGGCGGUAGCAUAAUUAGCAAAAAAUAUAUAUUAACGGCGGCUCAUUGUAUUUUUAAUGGACAGUUGAUCAAGGUGCAAGUGAUAUACGGCACUGAUAGCAUUAAAGAUGGAGGUAUAAUGGUUAAUGUUGAGAAGUCAAAAUUCCAUCCAGGAUAUAUUAUGUCCACUAAUGAAAACGAUAUUGCUGUUCUCAAACUGAGCACAAACAUUCAAUACAGCGAUAAAGCUAAGCCAAUUCGACUGCCAGAGGAAGAUGAAUGGAUAGAUGAUGGAGUUCUAAUGGAAACUUCUGGUUUUGGACAUCUUAAAUGGAAUUUCACCGAAACAGACGGUCUUUUGCGCACUGUUGAAGUGCCCAAAGUAAAUCAAGCGACUUGCGUUAGAGCCUACAGAGAGAAAAAGAAGAAAAUCACGCCUAAAAUGUUUUGUGCUGGCUACGACAUUGGCGGCAGGGACGCCUGUCAAGGUGACUCUGGUGGACCAAUUGUUCUGGACGAUGUGCUAGUUGGAGUGGUAUCCUGGGGAUUGGGAUGUGCCAGUGCAAAAUUUCCUGGAGUUUACACAAACGUUUCGGUUUUUCGCAAAUGGAUACAGCGUGAGACAGGCCUUUAAUAUAAUAAUUCUGUUUGGGAAAUAAAGGAUGAGAGUAUUCAGAAUACCUAAUUUUCGAAAACUCCUUUGAUUUUUAAUGUUUUCAAAUGUACAACUUGAAUUUUUAUUC